GAAGGCGUGGUUUGGUGACGCAUUGCGGCUCGAGAGAACCUGAAGCUCCUGCUGGAGAGCUCCGAGCAAACAAGCUUGUCCUGUCAAUGGGAAAAAAAGAACGAGUUUUAGUGGCAGGAGAAGGUAACGAUUUAGGACGAGUGAAGAGCAAGCAAUUUCACCGAAGUAAACUCUUUUUAAUGCAGAUUAAACAGUCAUGGCGCCACAGCUAUUCAAAUACAGAUGAAAAGGCCUUGGAAACUUCUUAUUUUUAACGAUUUAUUUUAUUUUAAAAUGGCUGAGACGGGGAGGUGAGCUGGUGUUGCUGUUUUUCGUUGACUAGUGGCAGCAGCAGCAGAGCCAGCUUGCAUGGUUUAGCAAAGUAGCUUGAUCCUUGUUUUAUUUUUUCUCUCUAUAUAUAAACGGGACAUUUGCAACAUGUCGACGACUAGUCCCGACGAAAGCACUGUGAGAGUGGCUUUGAGAAUCCGCCCUCAGCUAGCUAGAGAGAAGAUUGAGGGAUGUCACAUUUGCACCUGUGUUACCCCUGGUGAACCCCAGGUGAUUCUGGGAAAGGAUAAGGCGUUUACGUUUGAUUAUGUGUUCGACAUCGAUUCACAGCAGGAUGCCAUCUAUUCAGCCUGCACAGAAAAACUUAUUGAAGGCUGCUUUGACGGCUACAAUGCGACAAUAUUUGCAUAUGGCCAGACUGGUGCAGGGAAGACAUACACCAUGGGGACAGGAUUUGAUGUCAGCAUUGGAGAGAAUGAGCUUGGGAUUAUCCCUCGGGCUGUGAAGCACCUCUAUAAAGGAAUAGAUGAGCGGAAGCAGGCGGCCAUAGAACAAGGACUGCCACCCCCGGAAUUCAAAGUCAACGCGCAGUUCCUUGAGCUUUAUAAUGAAGAAGUAAUGGAUCUUUUUGACACGACACGGGACAUUGAAUUAAGGAAGCAAAAAUCACACAUCAAAAUACAUGAAGAUGCUAAUGGUGGAAUUUAUACAGUUGGUGUUACAACACGUACUGUGAACACAGAAGCAGAGAUGAUUCAGUGCUUGAAGCUCGGUGCCCUAUCUCGUACCACAGCCAGCACUCAGAUGAACGUCCAGAGCUCUCGUUCUCAUGCCAUCUUCACCAUCCACUUGUGUCAAGUGCGGGUUUGUGCGACUGCAGAAAAUCAGGAUAAUGAGACAGAUAACAGGAUAAUGGAUGGAUCUUCCCAGAUGAAUGAGUUUGAAACCCUCACUGCCAAAUUCCAUUUCGUUGACCUGGCAGGUUCAGAGAGAUUAAAGAGAACAGGAGCGACAGGGGAAAGAGCCAAGGAAGGAAUUUCAAUCAAUUGUGGGCUGUUAGCACUUGGGAAUGUUAUCAGCGCACUUGGAGAUAAAAGUAAGAAGUCAUCUCACGUGCCUUACAGAGAUUCCAAGCUUACCCGGUUACUGCAGGAUUCACUCGGAGGAAAUAGCCAAACCGUUAUGAUAGCAUGUAUCAGCCCAUCUGACAGAGAUUUCAUGGAAACCUUGAACGCGCUUAAGUAUGCAAACCGAGCCCGAAACAUCAAGAACAGAGUGAUGGUGAACCAGGACAAGGCCAGCCAGCAGAUCAGUGCUCUGCGGACUGAGAUUGCACGGCUGCAGAUGGAGCUUAUGGAGUACAAGACGGGUAAAAGAAUAAUAGGAGAAGAUGGAAUGGAUAGUGUUAAUGACAUGUUCCAUGAGAACUCCAUGCUGCAGACGGAGAGCAACAACCUGAGAAUCCGGAUUAAAGCUAUGCAAGAGACCAUUGAUGCACAGAGAGCUAGACUCACCCAGCUCCUGAGUGACCAGGCUAAUCAAGUGCUAGCCACCGCAGGUGAAGGAAAUGAAGAAAUAGGCAACAUGAUAAAGAAUUACAUCAAAGAAAUAGAAGACCUCAGGGCUAAGUUAUUAGAAAGUGAGGCUGUGAACGAGCAUCUUCGAAAAAAUCUUUCAAGAGCCUCCACAAGAUCUCCUUUUUUUGGUGGGCCAGCUUCAUUUUCCACAUCUGUGAUCGAGCCAGAGAAAGAAGCCACAGAAAUCAUUGAACUGGCGAAGAAAGAUUUGGUAAAACUCAAGAAGAUUGAGAAAAAGAAAAAGAAAAGGCUUCAGCAGCUUGAGGAAAGCAGACAAGAAGAAGAAAGUGUUAUUAAAGAGGAGUGUCCUGACAAUGAGCAAGACAAAAGGGGUGAAAAGGAAGCAUCAGAAGAAGUAGAAAUGGAAGGACAAGAAGCCAGUGACCAUGAAGAGGAAGAGGAUGAUGAGGAAGAUGACGACAUGGAUGCGGAAGAAAGUUCGGACGACUCCGACUCUGAACUGGAUGAGAAAGCCAACUUUCAGGCAGAUCUGGCGAAUAUCACAUGUGAGAUUGCUAUUAAGCAGAAGCUAAUUGAUGAACUGGAAAACAGCCAACGACGGCUUCAUACCCUAAAACAGCAGUAUGAACAGAAACUAAUGAUGCUUCAGAGCAAAAUCCUGGACACCCAACUAGAGAGGGAUCGUGUUCUGCAGAAUAUGGGUUCAAUGGAGACAUAUUCUGAAGAAAAAGCAAACAAAAUCAAGGUUGAAUAUGAGAAAAAACUGAGUAGUAUGAACAAAGAAAUGCAAAAGUUGCACUCAGCCCAGAAGGAACAUGCCCGGCUAUUGAAGAAUCAAUCUCAGUAUGAGAAGCAGCUAAAGAAGCUGCAGCAGGAUGUGUCAGAAAUGAAGAAAACAAAGGUCCGUCUAAUGAAGCAAAUGCGAGAAGAGCAAGAAAAAAACAGGGUGGUAGAAUCAAGAAGAAAUCGAGAGAUAGCCACACUGAAGAAGGAUCAGCGAAAGCAAGAACAUCAGCUACGGCUCCUGGAGGCACAGAAGCGUCAGCAAGAGUUAAUUCUCCGCAGGAAAACAGAAGAGGUGACGGCCCUACGUCGACAAGCGAGACCCGUGUCUGGAAAAGUGAAUCGGAAACUGAGCCUGCCUGAGCCUGUUCAGGAUCCUGCAUCAAACACAAUGCGGGUUCCUGCAGGCAGGAUGCAAGCUUCAGGGCUGACAGCGCCAUCUAAUGGAACCAGGAAGAUGUAUCAAAGGAAAUUUGUAAGCGUUUACUCAUCAAAGGCAGCAAGGAUGAAAUGGCAGUCUCUGGAGCGCAGGAUGACAGAUAUCAUCAUGCAGAGAAUGACUAUUGCUAACAUGGAAGCAGACAUGAACCGUCUCUUAACGAAACGUGAAGAGCUAACCAAAAGAAGGGAAAAGAUUUCAAAGAAGAGAGAGAAGAUUACUACGGAGGGUGUUGAUGCAGAUAGAGCAGUACUCUCUCUAAACGAAGAGAUGGAAUCACUGACUGCAAAUAUAGAUUACAUCAAUGACAGCAUUUCAGACUGCCAAGCCAACAUAAUGCAGAUGGAGGAGGCAAAGGAAGAAGGAGACACGGUUGAUGUUACAGCAGUGAUCAGUUCCUGCACUUUGACAGAGGCACGCUAUCUCCUUGAUCACUUCCUUUCAAUGGCUAUUAACAAGGGUCUUCAAGCAGCCCAGAAGGAAUCUCAGAUUAAGGUUAUGGAAGGCCGACUAAAGCAAACCGAGAUAAACAGUGCUACUCAGAACCAGCUCCUGUUUCACAUGCUGAAGGAGAAGGCAGAAUUUAACCCCGAACUGGACGCUUUGCUGGGUAACGCAUUGCAAGAGCUAGGUAGCAUACCACUGGAAAACGGAGAAGAAAGCAGCAGUGAUGAAUCAGCCCACAGCCCUGCUACAGAAGGAAGUUCAUUAACAUCUGACCUCAUGAAGCUCUGUGGGGAAUCCAGACCAAGAAAUAAGGCGAGAAGAAGGACAACUACACAAAUGGAGUUGCUCUAUGCCGACAGUAGCGAACCACCCCCUGAUACUCCUGCAAUUCUAAUGCCUGUAGCAGAAGGGCAAGAGACUGGGAGGGACACCGAGAAUAUCGGUGCAUCUGCUAGGGAAAAAGAGCUCAUGCCUCUACUAUCUGGCUUGCCUUCUAAGCUAGGCAGCAUUUCCAGACAGUCUUUGACGACAGAGAAGAGAGCCCUUGAGCCAUCACCUUUGACCAGAAGGAAGAUCUAUGACAAGGGGCAAUUAGCAGUGGACAAAACCAAGAGCAAGGAAACAAAACUCUCUGAUUCAGGAACUUCAGAAGCCAGUUUGUCACCCCCUUCCUCUCCUCCAAGCCGUAAUGAAAAGAAUGUUUUUAGUCGCCUUACUGUUGCUCAGAGGAAGUCAGCAGCUCAACAGAAUAAGUCUGAUGAAAAUGAUUCCUCUCUGUCGGAGGUACACAGGGGUGUAAUCAAUCCAUUCCCUGCUUCAAAAACCAGGAGUACCCCUCUGCAAUGUAUCCAUGUCGCUGAAGGACACACUAAAGCUGUUCUCUGUGUAGAUUCAACAGAUGAUCUGCUUUUUACUGGAUCCAAAGAUCGCACUUGUAAAGUUUGGAAUUUGGUGACUGGACAAGAAAUAAUGUCUCUUGGAGGCCACCCUAACAAUGUGGUAUCUGUGAAAUACUGCUCCAGCCUGGUCUUCACAGUCUCCACAUCUUAUAUUAAGGUGUGGGAUAUAAGAGACUCUGCUAAAUGUGUACGGACUCUAACUUCUUCAGGCCAGGUGACACCCGGAGAUGCGUGUGCGGCCAGCACUCACAGGAGUGUUAUAAUUCCUGCUGGAGAAAACCAGAUCAAUCAAAUUGCACUAAACCCAACUGGCACUUUCCUAUAUGCCUCCGCAGGAAAUGCAGUGAGAAUGUGGGAUCUCAAGAGGUUUCUAUCUACAGGUAAACUGACUGGUCAUAUUGGACCUGUCAUGUGUCUUACUGUUGACCAGACCGGGAAUGGACAGGAUUUAAUCAUUACUGGGUCUAAAGAUCAUUACAUAAAGAUGUUUGAUGUAACAGAAGGGGCUCUGGGGACAGUCGGCCCAACACACAACUUUGAGCCCCCACAUUAUGAUGGUAUUGAGUCUCUGGUGAUUCAGGGAGACAGCCUCUUCAGUGGAUCCAGAGACAAUGGCAUUAAGAAAUGGGACCUUUCUCGCAAAGACCUCCUCCAGCAAGUUCCAAAUGCCCACAGAGACUGGGUCUGUGCUUUGGGGGUUGUGCCUGGCUGCCCUGCUCUUCUAAGUGGCUGUAGAGGAGGUGUCCUCAAGCUGUGGCAUGUAGACACAUUUUCAUCACUGGGGGAAAUGAAGGGGCACGAUAGUCCUAUAAAUGCUAUCUCCACCAACUCCAGCAACAUAUUUACAGCAUCAGAUGAUCAUACAGUGAAAAUAUGGCGAGCCCGAGGCAAUCUUGAUGGACAGGCUUCUGAUGCUACAGACACAACCGAUGAAGUCGGCAGCAACUAAACUGGAAAGAGGAAGACCUCCUGAAGAUACUGUGAAAGGCAUGCUGCACUCUGUGCACCUUGCUGUGAGACAGUGAGGAAUCUGUGAUAACUGGAAUGAAGACAACUGAAACUCCUCUGCUUACUGAAUAAGGGUUACUGUUCUUCAAUGCUGUACUUUAAGGAAUUGAUAUUCAAUUAAAAAAACUCUAGUUUCUUCCUCCAGCUUCCCGACACUAGUUUCUGUGUGCAGACUAAAUGGUUGUAACUACAGCAGACCACUAUACGUAGUAGUAGCUUUUGGCAUUUACAGUAAUCAAUAAUGCUCUAACAAUUUAGAUGAAAGGAAAUGCUUACUUGGCAUAUGUGCACUGAAAGCAGACCUUUGGGAAUCCAUGAUUCUUUUAUCCUUAAGCUGGUCUUUAUUGGAGGAAAGUAAGUCAUGUGGUUUUCAGAAGUCUGGCUAAAAAGAGGUUAUAUUCAAAUGUAUUACUGGGAACAGCUUAGUGUCAAGUGAAAUAUCCUUAUAGUGGCUAUUUCUCAGCAAAUAAGCAUAGAGCUCUGAAAUCUGUAAGAUGUGCUUUUGUGUUUGAAAAUGAUGGGUGACCAAAGUGUGUAAAACUGUUUGUCCUCGGCAGGCUACUAAUCUGUUACAUUCCAGUACUCGAUCCACUGGAGUUUCAUGUCAUACACCUCUAGCAGCAGUUUUGCUUAUGUAUUUUAUUGCCUUACAAAUGUACUGUUUCUUCAUAACAACCCCUGUUUAAAUGUCACUUUGUGUUUGUCAACAUUACUUUAACUUUUUUUUUUUUUUGUCUGAGUUGAUUUUAAUACUGUCCUGAAUGCGUCUGACCUGUUAUUUUUCUACAUUUUACAAACUGGACAAGAACUUUACCUGGAAUAGAUAUAAGCUGUAUAUAGAUUUUAGUGUAAAGAGAAGAAAUAUCACACUGUGCCUGUGUGAAUGUUGACAUGCUGUAGACUGUAGAUAAUGACCAUGGGAGGGUAAUAUCCAGCUGCUCAAGUUCAUCCAGUUUUGGUUUGGAUUUUACUACGUUGAUAAGCUUUAUGUAUAUAAGACUGUUGUUUGUUUUUUUGUUUGUUUGUUUGUUUUUUCUGGAUUUUAGCGGCAGGCAAAAAAAAAAAAAAAAAUAGCAACAUUUUGUUUUGCCAGUUUUGUGAAAUAAAUGUUAUCUGUUCAA